GAAUCGCUUGUGGCUGGAGUUUCCUUUCUCAACGGGUCUCCAGCCCUUCGAAAGUCUGGCAGAAAGCUCGUGUACUCCUCCUCGUCCGUAUCAUGCUCCAAGGUCAGUGUUGCUUUCGGCUUGCUCUUCACAAACUUUAGAGGCGCCACUUUGGGCUUGAAGGAAGCAGACGCACGAAUUCCGUCUACCGGCUGGCCCGCAUUGUAAUCGUCGCCGGUCUCUAUUUCUUGUGGAGCUGUCUGAUGAACACUGGCCUCCUCCAGUCGCGUGGGAUAGCAGCUGAUCAAAGACUCAGUCAGCUGUGUCGUCUGAGCGUGGGCGGCACGCAGCUCUUCUUGGGUGAGUGGGGCAAGGUGCACCUCGGGCAGGUCCAGCUCGGCAGCCAGGGACUUGGCCUUGGCCGCCACUGUCUCUUGAAGUGUGGUCGGGCUCAGAGCGUCGGGCAGGUGCUCCGUAAAGGCGCUCUUCAAAUCCAAAGGCGAGGCCAGGCCAUUGCUGCACGGGGGUAUAGAGAUAUCUUGGGUGCACCAAAAUAGGGUAAAUCCUUGAAUACUCACUUCUCCAUCUGACAGUAGCUGGCCUCCAUUAUAGUGGCGGCACUAGUGAGCGGCAGCUUCAACUCAUGUGUCUCGUGGCCGAUUUCAAUGAUGCCCAUGCCACUGUUCUGCUUGCCAACAGAUGUCUUGCGCUUCCCACUGGAGGUUGUGCCACUGGUGUGAACUAUGGACUGCUCGAAUUCCAUUUCGCCGAUGCGACGGAAAAUCUCCAGGCGACGGUUCUGCUGAGCCAACGGCGACUCCACGGCCAGCUCAAUGGGCACAUUCAGAUCAAGUUUCUCGACAGGCGGCAGCUCAAAGCAUUCCUCGGCACUGUGCAGGGGCUCCGCUUGCAGCUCGAGCGGCGACUCUAGCUGGGAAUAGUGCGAAGCGCCUAGGACAGGAACUGGCGGCGGCAUCAACGGAUUAAAUAUUACUUUCGCUGUCUUGUUUGGCGGCUCCGGCAGUGGAGCCAAUCGCAGCAGGGAGCGCUCGCCUUCCAGAACAAAGAUCUCCUUGCCGUUAACACAAAAGUCGAGAAUCUUGCGGAAUCCGCGCGCCACAGCCUCCACCUUAAGGCGGUCCAUAUUCAGUAUAUACAAAGUGGCAUCGUCAUGGGUCACCAGCAACGAGUCCUGGCCAUCGUACAGAUACAGCUGGCGGAAAUUGCUGCUGGCCACGUAGGGCACAUCGCCGUCUCUUUCUUGAACUACGGCUUGUGGUUGUGGCCUCGUGGAUGGCUCACUGCGCUGUUUCGGGUUUAGUAUGGGUAUCUCCCACGUGGGACUGCGCAGCACAGCGUCCUUAAAUAGAACGGUCUUGGACACAUUUCCGUAGGCGUCCGCCAUCCAGAAGCGCAGACCAGGUCGCCCGCAAAUGAGCUGUGGCUUGCUAUUGGGCAACUUCUUAAGAAACACGCCGCCACAGUCGAUGAGCUGCUUGCGAUCCUUCUUGCCCACCUGGGUGAUGUGCCACUGUCCGGUUUGGACGUCGCGCUGGCACACGAUACAGCGAUAGAGUGUGGCCACCAGCAGGUGGCUCUGGUGCACGCUUAGCUGGACAAUUUCAUAGGCUUCGCUGAGAAUCUCCACAGAUUUGCUUAGGUGCUGAAUGGGAAAAACAUCGGGUUAUUGGUUGAUUCCCAAAAUCCCUCUUACUCGUACACACCGAUUGAUAGUCGAAUUCUGUUAGCACUACAACGCCUUGGCGGUCGCCGGAGAAGAGUUUCAUGCCAUUCUUCGACCACUCGCAGCAGCUGACCACACACCGGUGCAGGUCGCGGAUUGUAUAGCGUUCAAUGGGCUUGCUGCGCGUACAUGGCGCCACUAGAUCCAAGUCCUGUGGCAGUUCCUUCUGUAUCUGGAAUAUGCUGACUUGCCCGUUGGCGCAUCCUGCUGCCACCAUGUACUCCACCGAAUUGACUAUCUUCACGCACGUAAUGCGUGUGGCAACCUGCAAAGCAAAGUGAUUGUGUGCGGGGGAAGCACACGGCCAACGUUAGCCAACUUUAUGAGUAAACGACACGCAAGGGACAGGGAUGGGCCACUCAGAUAAAAUGCUUGAAUGAGUCAUAGACUAACCUCCGACUUGAGCUUCUGCAUCUCGCCCGUUUGGCGAUUGUACCAGAAUACAAUGCCCGCAUCGCUACCCACAGCCAGGAAUUCGUUUGUUGCAUCGACGCAAGUCAAAUUGAGAUUGGCCGGAAAGAAUCCCCGCUGCAGGCGAGCCGGGAUGUGAUCGAUGAUAUCAGUUAGCGGGGCCCACUCCCGUAUGGAGCACAAUUCUUUGCUGUUGGCCAUAUUCUCGGCCUGGUCAAUACAAAAAACAAACAAACCCAAUCCUUAUCCGGCUGUCAACAAAAAAUACACACUUGGCUGAGCUGCCAGACGUCUGGAAAAAGGCCAGCGUCUCAAACGGUAACAAUCGAUAGCCAUGAAUAUCGAAUAUGUUGGAAGAUUUUAAUAUUAAAAAAAAUUUCACCAAUUAAAAAUCGGAUUUUUGGAUUGUUCGUCGGGCCCGUGGUAUACGAAAACAGAAGUGAGCGAAUUGGCAAAACAAAAGCAGCCCCGCCCGCACCACACCACAUUGCUCUACAACAUCAUUUUAUACGACAGGCCAGGCGCAGAUAAAAGUACAAAAGCAAACCCCCCUUGCUAGUCGUUUGGGGUAAAGUUCACAAGACCCAUUGCCAUCGGAGCGGAGCUACAUACGACAGUUUUCAGCUGUCGCCAUGGUCGACAACAAUAAUCUUCGCAGCGCUGUGAUCAACGAGGCACCUUUACUGCCGCCGACGAGCAUCGUUGGACCCGGAUUUUCCAGUGGGCCUCCGCCAGACGCAGUGCUGCGCACACCCUACGCCGGCAAUGUGCGCGCUCUACCAAACCUCGCCCCACCACUGCCUCAGUCGCCGUUUCAACAGACCCAAUACGGAUAUGGCGGAGCCUAUGGAAACAAUAGCUACGCUGGUGGCUAUGGCAGCUACAACACUGGAGCAGGAUUCGGAAGUGGAUUUGGAGGAAUGGGCCAGUUUGGUGGCAGCUGGGGAGCUCCGUACAGGUCGUAUGGCGGUGACUUUGGCGGAGGCUACAACAGAUUUGGCGGUAUGGGUGGCAUUGAUCCGGAGCAGCGUUUCAUUCAGAUGGCCGAGGCAAGUUCGCGGCCAGCGUUCCAGAGUAUAGAGUCGUUGGUAUCGGCUAUUGGGAACAUUGCCUCCAUGCUGGACUCGACAUUCUUUGCGUUAACAAGCUCAUUUCGGGCCAUUCUCGGCGUGGCAGCGAACUUUGGACGUUUGCGCAGUGUUUUUGCGCAGUUCUGGACAACAUUUGCCAUCUUUCGAGGUCUGAAGUGGAUCUACAGAAAGAUACUUUUCUGGCUGCGACUGUCGAAUUUGGAUCCUUCUUCGGUGGCCUUCAAGAAGGCGUUUGCUGACGCUCUCAACGAGAACAAUGCUCAGGCAGGAGGGGGGCCACAGCUUCCGCAAAAAAGAACCUCGCCCUGGCCGGUAUUAGCCUUCAUCAGCUUUAUAUUCACGGCCCCCUAUCUGAUCAUGAAGCUAUUGGGCUCGGUGACAAACACGGCCCAGGAGGAAGCCCGCAAUCCAUCCAAAUGGAUCGCACCGAUUCACACCCAGGCUGUGUACGAUUUCACCGGACGCAAUCAGAGUGAGCUCUCGCUGAGUGCCGGCCAGUCGCUCCAGGUGGCCCCCCGCGAGAUUCAACAGACUCUCAAUCUGCUCAACACCGGCUGGGCAUUGGCCACAACAAAUGGUCAGACUUCAGGCAUCAUUCCCAUUAGCUAUGUCAAAUCGCCACAGCAGCUGCGGCAGGAGAAUCAAGAACCAGUGAAACCCAGCCAGCCCCAACCUGAGCUGAUGAAUCUAUCGGCAGAUGCAUUUCCGGCACCGCCGUUCGAUCAACAAAUGAACUACGACUUCAACUUGGCGGCCCAGCAACAGGCGCCCCUUGGCCCGCCCUCAACGUCAACAGCGGUAUUUGAAGAGGGAUUCGCUUGAGUUGGUCCAGCCAGCCGCGGCCCCGGUUCCCUGUGUACACCCCUUAAACAUAGCCUUAGUUUAAGUAUCUUCGGUUGACCUGUUGUAUUUUAAGUUAACUUCCGCCUCUUGUAAGUAUAUUUCCGUUUAAGAUCUUUGAAUUUGUAUGUAAGACUGCUAUGCUAUGCUCAGCUCUGCGAUCCGAUCCCAAUGAACUAAAGUAAACUACAACAAACCCGAGUUCUAUGACUCAGCCUCUAGUCACGCACUCAAUGAGAAACUCGUUUCUAGAGUUUGCUGAGAAGGUAUGCAAAUAUGGUGAAGGUGAAGGAAAAUGUAGAGGUUUUCUUUGUUUAUAUCAUAUUUUACAAUAUGCAAUUCACUUUAUUAACUUGUCACUCGAUCUGUUUGUCAGUUAUACCCAUUGCAUGCAUCAAUAUGCAAUCCAAUCAUUAAUUAUUUCGAUUUAUUACACAACUACAUGCUCGACACUUACAUUUAAACGCAUUCUAUUUGACUUGUCUACUAAUUUGUAUUUGUAUUUGUAUUCACUUCUCUGUAUUCACUUGAAGAUUGUAUAAAUUCUGAAAAUUUAUAUUUCGCUUGUAUUGUUAUUUCUAAAUUGGUAGGUUGAUUAUUUUGCAUGCAUCCCAUCUCCUUUUCUUUGUUAACAAAAAAUGUUUUGGGGCUGCGACGUUUCCCACUGUUGGGGAUGGUAGAAUAAAACAUAUUUCAUAUGUCUUUGA